UACAUGUUUGGUAAGAAAACAUAUAUACAAAAAACACCAACAUUCAAAUUUCAACAUGGUAUCAGAGCAGAAAUUCUCAUAGGACCUGCAUCUGUAUUGUUCUUUCAAGAUUCUCGUGUUCCUUUAUCAUUCUCAUUAAGAUGACAGAAGGAGAAGGUUCUCUCGUUGCAAAGACAGAAAGCCCAGAUGGGAAUCCAAAUCAGCGUCUGUGCUCAAUGCUUCUAAAUGAGUUCAACUACCUUCCUUGGUCAAGAGCCAUCACUCUAGCUCUUGGUGGAAGAUCAAAGCUCAGUUUCAUCAGCGACAAAAACAACAUCCCAGAUGCCUCAUCAGCUGAAUACGAAAGUUGGUUAUCCAAAGACCAACUGGUUAUGUCAUGGCUUCUUAAUUCAAUGGAGCCAAAACUUGCUGAAAUCUUCAGCUAUUCAGAAUCAUCUCGACAUCUUUGGGUUGCUGUCAAAGAUAUGUAUGGCAACCUAAACAAUGCAGCAAGAGUGUUCCAACUCAAAAAGGAUCUUGCAGGGAUUCAACAAGGUAAUCUCUCAUUUGUUCAACAUCUUGGGAACUUAAAAGCCAAGUGGAAUGAACUUGAUAUGUAUAGACCUCACACCACUGAUGCCACCAUAUUGCGGAAAAGAGCUGAAGAAGAUAAAGUGUUCCAACUGCUUGCAAGUCUGGGAUCUGAAUAUGAAGAUCUCAAAAGCCAUCUUUUGAUGAGCCCUGAGCUUCCUUCAUUCACAACAGUAUGCAACUCCAUUCAACGUGAAGAAGUGCGUAAAAAGGUGAUGAAUGUAGACACUAGUGCUGGAGGGUCAGAAGCUAGAGCAUUUGCUGUAAACAAAAGUGUCACAAGCGACAGAACAUACAAGGGCAAGAGGCCAGAUCUGAAGUGCACACAUUGUGAACGCAUUGGACGAACUGGUAUAGGCCACACAAGAGAGAGAUGUUGGAUAUUGCAUCCAGAACUGAAACCUAAGUUCAAUGAGGAACAGAAGAAUCAAAGAGGCAGCAUUCAGAGAACCUCUUACAUCUCUAAUUCAAAGGCAAACUUCAGCAACACUUCUGAAGAUAUUAUGAACUUCACGUCCAAUCCAAUAACUCUCAUAAAUGAGUUUGCUACAUAUCUUCAAAAGAAGCAAGGCAGUUUAGACAGCAAUGAAAAUGGAAGCACAACUGCUAUGCUUGGAAAGUUUGCUGGUUUUCUGGCAAAAUCAAAUAUGGCUUCUUCAAAGGAUAUACCAGGAUCGAGUGUCCAAGAAGAAGAUUGGUGAAGGGUUCUUUCUAAAUGGCUUGUACUACAUAUCAACUUCAUCAAGUUUUUCAAAGUGUUUUCUAACAGAGUCCAAAUCUGCAACACAACAAAAAUUGUGGCAUAAACGCCUAGCUCAUCCAUCCUUUCAUGUUUUGUCAAUGUUGUUCCCUAGUUUUUGUAAAGUCUCCCAUGAAUGUGAGACAUGUCAUAUGUCAAAGUUUACUAGAUUGCCUUUUCAAAUCUCUCAAUCUAGAGCAACUCAGCCUUUUGAGAUUGUACAUUCUGACGUAUGGGGACCAGCAUCCCUAGAAUCAUUUGAUGGCUAUAGGUUUUAUGUCACCUUUAUUGAUGAUUUCACUCGAACCACUUUUGUGUAUCUUUUGAAAUUCAAGAGUGAAGUCUUCAAGUGUUUCCAAG